AGCUAUGGACAGUUCUGCCAGUAAUUCAGUUUUCCGCAUCAGGCCCCGAAGUGGUUCGCUAUGCCUAAUCUGAGUCUUGUACGCGGUGGAUGGGAACGAGGAUGCAGCUAGAACGAACGCUCCUUGGAUGCCCCGCAUAAAUAUGGCCGCGGGUUCGUUAGCCGCACAGCGAAGCCGCCCGGCGCGGGGGCGCGUGCGGCGCAGGCGCACUUCCGCUCAUCUCGCGGAGGUUGUGGCGGCCGUGGCGUCUACCUCGCGGGGCAUGGUCCCCGGGUCCGAGGGCCCGGCCCGUGCCGGGGGCCUGGUGGCUGACGUCGUGUUUGUGAUUGAGGGCACGGCCAACCUGGGGCCGUACUUCGAGGGGCUCCGCAAGCACUACCUGCUCCCGGCCAUCGAGUAUUUUAAUGGUGGUCCUCCCGCCGAGACAGACUUCGGGGGAGACUAUGGGGGAACCCAGUACAGCCUCGUCGUGUUCAACACGGUGGACUGCGCUCCUGAGUCCUACGUACAGUGUCACGCUCCCACCAGCAGCGCUUAUGAGUUUGUCACCUGGCUCGAUGGCAUUAAGUUCAUGGGCGGAGGUGGCGAGAGCUGCAGCCUCAUUGCAGAAGGCCUCAGCACCGCCCUGCAGCUGUUCGAUGACUUCAAGAAGAUGCGAGAGCAGAUUGGCCAGACACACCGCGUCUGCCUCCUUAUCUGUAACUCGCCCCCGUACCUGCUGCCUGCUGUCGAGAGCACCACGUACUCUGGGUGCACAACGGAGAGCCUCGUGCAGAAGAUUGGGGAGCGAGGGAUCCACUUCUCCAUCGUGUCUCCCCGGAAGCUGCCCGCCCUUCGGCUUCUGUUCGAGAAGGCGGCUCCCCCGGCCAUGCUGGAGCCACUGCAGCCGCCAGCAGAUGUGAGCCAGGACCCACGGCACAUGGUGCUGGUGCGGGGGCUCGUGCUGCCGGUCGGGGGUGGCUCAGCCCCAGGCCCUCUCCAGUCAAAGCAGCCUGUUCCCCUGCCUCCAGCUCCACCCUCGGGCACCCCACUCUCAGCAGCUCCCCAACAGCCUCUGCCACCCGUUCCCCAGCAGUACCAGGUCCCCGGGAACCUGAGCGCAGCUCAAGUGGCUGCCCAGAAUGCAGUGGAGGCCGCCAAGAACCAGAAAGCUGGGCUGGGCCCACGCUUCUCGCCCAUAAACCCUCUCCAGCAAGCGGCUCCAGGAGUGGGUCCCCCCUUCAGCCAGGCCCAGGCCCCUCCACUGCCUCCAGGGCCUCCUGGUGCUCCCAAGCCAUCGUCCGCUUCCCAGCCCAGCCUGGUCUCCACAGUGGCCCCUGGCCAGGGCCUGGCCCCCACUGCACAGCCUGGGGCACCAUCCAUGGCAGGCACGGUGGCCCCAGGCGGGGUAAAUGGCCCUUCCCCGGCCCAGCUGGGGGCUUCGGCCCUUGGGCAGCAGUCAGUCUCCAACAAACUACUGGCCUGGAGCGGGGUCCUCGAGUGGCAGGAGAAGCCCAAACCCGCCUCCGUGGACGCCAACACCAAGCUGACGAGGUCACUGCCUUGCCAGGUCUACGUGAAUCACGGCGAGAACCUGAAGACAGAGCAGUGGCCCCAGAAGCUGAUCAUGCAGCUUAUUCCCCAACAGCUGCUGACCACCCUGGGCCCUUUGUUCCGGAACUCGAGGAUGGUCCAGUUCCAUUUCACCAACAAGGACGUGGAGUCCCUCAAAGGCCUCUACCGCAUCAUGGGCAAUGGCUUCGCGGGCUGCGUGCACUUUCCCCACACGGCCCCCUGCGAGGUACGUGUGCUCAUGCUCCUGUAUUCGUCUAAAAAGAAGAUUUUCAUGGGCCUCAUCCCCUACGACCAGAGCGGCUUCGUCAACGGCAUCCGGCAGGUCAUCACCAACCACAAGCAGGUCCAGCAGCAGAAACUGGAGCAGCAGCGUGGGAUGGGGGCACAGCAAGCACCCCCUGGGCUGGGCCCCAUUCUGGAGGACCAGGCAAGGCCCUCGCAGAAUCUGCUCCAGCUCCGCCCACCACAGCCCCAGCCUCAAGGCACUGUGGGGGCCUCCGCAAGUGCAGGCCAGCCCCAGCCCCAGGGUGCUGCCCAGGCCCCCCCAGGCGCCCCCCAAGGUCCUCCUGGAGCAGCUCCCGGCCCACCCCCUCCUGGACCCAUCCUUCGGCCCCAGAACCCCGGGGCCAACCCCCAACUGCGGAGCCUCCUCCUCAACCCACCGCCGCCCCAGACUGGGGUGCCCCCACCACAGGCUUCCCUCCACCACCUCCAGCCACCAGGGGCCCCUGCACUGCUGCCCCCACCGCACCAGGGUCUGGGGCAGCCCCAGCUGGGGCCCCCACUUCUGCACCCGCCGCCCACUCAGUCCUGGCCCACACAGCUUCCCCCGAGGGCUCCACUGCCAGUGGCACAACCAAAGAGAGAACGAGAGGGCCCCGUGUUUCGGAAAAAAUGGGAGCGAGACUAUUUCUUUGUGGAAGUGAAGAGCAUGCCUACGUGUUUAAUAUGCAAAAAAAUCAUGUCUGUGUUGAAAGAAUACAACCUGAAACGUCAUUAUGAAUCAAAGCACAGUAAGAGCUUCGACCAGUAUACAGAACAGACACGAGAUGCGAUACUCAAUGAACUGAAAAAGGGCCUCAAAUGUCAGUAGGGUUUGCUUUGGAAAGCAAACAAUAGAAAUGACAUGGCUGCCAUAUGCAGUUCCAGAAUGACGUGAAAAGAAUUACUUGGGCAUUAAAACCUCCUACAGGUGGCAAGUUUAUAAAGGAGCAGAAUAACGUGUCCUGGAAAGAAACACACAUCUGUUUAGGCCAUUAAAGUCUAACAGGCUUUAUUUGCGUUGCACGGUGUGUUGAAGAGAAAUCAGAAGAUUUACAAGUCCAGUUGCUUGAAAGAGUCAAAUCAAUUGUGGCCUUUUCUAUUCCUGCGCAUGAACUACUACUACUACUACUACCCCGUUAGCUUUAUUUAUUUGUUGAGCAUUUUGAUGUGACCGAAGAAGUCUGUGACAUGGUGCCAAGGCAGGCCCAACACUGGGAAAUGACUUAUUUGUGUGUGUGUAUUGACAAGUGACAAGUUUCACAUAGACUGGUCAGAAUUCCUAAGCACAGCUACAGAAAGUUGUAAUCUAAUGAUCUGGGUCACAGGGGAACUUGUCAGGACACCACAAUCCAAGGUGGCAACAUUUGGCAAGAACACAGAAGUCAGGUCCUUCUGUCAAUCACCUGGAAUUGAAUUGUGCUGAGAGUAAAUGGAAUACACAGUGAACGUCCUUGUCGCGCUUCUGUACUUUAACCAAGGGCAGGAUGAGGGUGAACUUGACCAGUGUAUUUCACAGAAGCUCUGUGACCUGGUCGUCACACGAUGGUGUGGAAGAAAUCAGAACUGUUGAAAUCAAUGUAGUUGGUUCAUUUCAGAUGAGACAAAAGCCACACCUUGGUUAUCCUGAGAAGGUCAGUCAAAGACUUCGGGUCAAGGUUACAACCCUCCUGAACACUCUUAUUUCUCCGCAAGGACAUUUACAAACAGCUACUUGAAUGUAUAAACGGUAUUUGCCCAGUCCUGGCAAAGACGGGGAAGCCAUUGGCAAGGAAUAUUCUGAUUUGCUUUCCUUUGCUGCAACUGGUUUCCCGAAAUGAGAUACAUGGCCCGGACCAUAUUUACCCAAAUUGUGGGGUUAAAGACCAAAUUCCCCCAAAGGCUCUGCAUCCAGACUUUAUGAAAAUGAAGUAACACUGUGCAGUUUGCUUUUGUUGGUUAAUGUUGGUCGUGUGAAUGCAGACCACAAAGAGUAGUUACUGAACGACAGUGCAAUAGGGUGCUGGCUCCCCGCUGUGACUGCUGGAAGGUCUCAGCCCUACAGCUCUCCAGUAGUUGUCCCGAAUCUCUGAGUUUGCAGGUACCCACGCUUGUGAACAGCGGUUUUCCGUUAUGAAACUGAAUCAAAUGAAACACCGUUCGCAGGAGUCAAGGUUGAAUUCUCAAGUGCCCAUCCCACCGCGCCAGCCCAGGUCUGACGCUGAUGUCUUGGUGUGGAACGGUCGACGUCAGCCUUCGGCUUCAAAUCAAAGGAGCAAAAGAAUUACGAAAGAGAAAAUUUUAAUAAUUAAAUCUAUUUUUCAAUUUGUAUUUUUUCAACUUUGAAUUUGAAAUAUAAACUCCAGUAUCAAACAUGUUUGUAUUAUGUUCCAUGCAUUCACCGUAGUUCAGUAAAGAUGCAAUUUGAUUAUA